AGGGCAACGUAGUAUAUUAGAAAGAAAGUAGGACAACGCCUUUUCUCCGUUCAAAUAUUAUUUCGCCAUGGCUAAAACCACCUUCCAAUCCCUUAUCCUAGCAAAGCACCCAAAAACGAACAUUGUCCCUGGCGAGACCUUCAAACUGGCCACGAACCCAAUCCUUACAGCGGAUGACCUUAAAGAUGGUCAAGUACUUUUGGAGACACUGUACAUCUCCAUCGACCCAGCAAUGCGAGGAUGGAUCGAAGAAGGUUCAGGCUCCUAUCGCCCUUCGGUAGAAAUUUUUGUGGAAGUUGGGGCUGUUAUGAUUGGGGUUGUAAUUGCAAACGUCCUUGCUUCUAAGGCCCCAACCAUCUCCGUAGGACAGAAGGUUUUCACGUUCAAUGCUGGAUGGGCCGAGCUUGCAAUUACUGAUGCUGCGAACGUGACUCCGAUAAAUCUUCCGAAUGGUGCCAAACUUACCGACAGCCUAGGAGUUCUGGGAUUCUCAGGAUUAUGUGCUUAUUUUGGCUUAAUUAAAGAGGCAGAUAUCAAGGCUGGCGACUUUGUCGUUAUUUCUGGUGCUGCUGGUGCAAUUGGGACUGCUGCUUGCCAAAUUGCCUUGUUAAAGGGCGCAAAAGUGCUAGGUACUGUGGGGACGGAUGACAAGGUCAGCUAUUUGAAGGAGCUGGGUUGUGAUGCAUUGAAUUACAAAGACAAAGAUUUUGCAAAGAAGUUUGAGCAAAAGACGGAUGGGCUCAUCGAUGUUUUUUUUGACAAUGUCGGUGGCAAGAUUUUGGAUCUUGCAUUGAGUAGGGCAAAGCCGCGAGCAAGAUUUGUUCUUUGUGGUGCCACCAGUUUGUAUAACUCUGGAAAUACAGCGAUAAUUGAGAACUAUCUGGACAUCAUUUUUAAGAGCAUUCGCUUACAAGGCUACUUUAUGAACGAAUAUGCAGAUCAAUUUUCUGUUACCACCAAGAUUCUCGCACAGUGGCUAGCAGAAGGCAAGCUGAAGCGUAGCGAGACCAUUAUCAAAGGUGGGCUGGCUGUUGCUGAAGAGGCGCUCGCUGGCAUAUUCACAGGAACCAACACUGGCAAGUUGCUCGUUCAAGUCAAGGAGGAGAAGUGAGAGCACGGCUGGACUUAGAC